AUGGCAUCCUUCUCCUCCAUCUCUGCCCCCUCCUCCUCCACCUCCACCCCGUCCUUCAACCUCCCCACAAAAGCCUCCCCUGGCACUGGUUCCGUGUCAUUCCCCAGGGCCAGAGAAUCGCAGAAGUCCAGGGCCAGGAUGGUGACAGUGCGGGCGGAAGCGAUUGACACGACCAUCAGCCCGCGGGUGAGCGCGCUCAGGCCGUCCAAGACCAUGGCCAUCACCGACCAGGCCACGGCGCUGCGACAGGCCGGCGUGCCAGUCAUCGGACUCGCCGCCGGCGAGCCCGACUUCGACACGCCGGCUGUGAUCGCCGAGGCUGGGAUGAAUGCCAUCAGAGAUGGGGCUACAAGAUACACGCCUAAUGCCGGAACUCUGGAGCUGAGGAAGGCUAUCUGCAAAAAGCUUGAGGAGGAGAAUGGUCUAUCAUACACCGCCGAUCAGGUGCUAGUAAGCAAUGGAGCCAAGCAGUGCAUUACACAAGCAGUGCUUGCUGUCUGCUCACCUGGUGAUGAAGUUUUGAUACCUGCUCCAUAUUGGGUCAGCUACCCUGAGAUGGCUAGACUAGCUGGUGCAACGCCAGUUAUUCUCCCUACAAGCAUAUCAGACAAUUUCCUCCUAAGGCCAGAGUCACUUGCCUCAGUGAUCAAUGAAAAUUCAAGGAUCUUGAUUCUCUGUUCUCCAUCUAAUCCAACAGGGUCGGUGUAUCCUAAGGAGUUGCUUGAGGAGAUUGCUGCUAUAGUCCGAAAGCAUCCUAGGCUCCUAGUUUUAUCUGAUGAGAUCUAUGAGCAUAUUAUCUAUCAACCUGCUAAACACACAAGCUUUGCUUCAUUGCCUGGAAUGUGGGAAAGAACGUUAACUGUGAAUGGAUUUUCUAAGGCUUUUGCUAUGACUGGCUGGAGACUCGGAUACUUAGCUGCCCCUAAACAUUUCGUCGCGGCCUGUGGAAAGAUCCAAAGCCAGUACACCUCUGGGGCCAGUAGUAUAUCACAGAAGGCAGGGCUUGCAGCUUUGAACCUAGGUUUUGCUGGUGGUGAAGCAGUAUCAACCAUGGUCAAAGCAUUCCAGGAGCGUCGUGAUUACCUUGUAAGAAGCUUUAGGGAGCUGCCAGGAGUAAAGAUAUCGGAACCUCAGGGAGCCUUCUAUUUAUUUAUCGACUUCAGCUCGUACUAUGGGUCUGAGGUGGAAGGUUUUGGUACCAUCAAGGACUCUGAGUCCCUCUGUUUGUUCCUGUUGGAAAAGGCACAGGUUGCACUUGUCCCUGGGGAUGCAUUUGGCGAUGACAAGGGUGUUCGUAUUUCAUACGCUGCAGCUAUGUCGACACUGCAAACUGCCAUGGGAAAGAUAAAAGAAGCGAUGGCUCUGCUCAAGCCCCCUGUUGCCGUUUAA